AUGGGCGAGUUCGACAUCGAAAGAGUCCUGGUCGAUACUGGAAGUACUGUUAAUGUACUGUUCUGGCGAACACUAGAAAAAAAGGGCGUCACACCAGAGCAGGUGAAACCCAAGACUCGAACAUUGACCGGCUAUCAUGGGAUUGCUAAAAUGUCCAUGGGCGACAUGAAACUACAAGUGCGAGCUGGAGGAGUAACCCGGAAGACUACAUUUUUGGUCAUCGAUACGCCCCCAAUUUACAACGCGAUCCUGGGGGCACCAUGGAUAUACGCUAUGCAAGCCGUACCGUCCACCUACAAUCUCUGCCUUAAAUUACCGACUACCACAAGGAUCUGCACGCUCUACAGCGAUAAGAGAAUGGCAUGA